AUGGUGCCUCGCGUGUCAGUCAUCGCGUCCGGCGCCGCACCCUCCGGCGCCGCACGCAGCCCUGAUUGUCCCUCAAACUCCCUCUCCAAGUGUCAAGUCGUCGUCUGGGACGUCGACGGCACUUUAGCCGAUUCCACCGACUUGGGUUUCGACUGCACCAACCUGGUGCUCAGACAAAACGCCUUGGCGGAGAUCACGCGCGCGCAGUACUUACAAGGGACGCGACACACAACGCCGCGACGUUUGGCCUGGCACGCCACGGGUGACGCCGACGCGGCGUGCGGCGAGGCACUCGGCGCGGCGUUUGACGCGACGUACGUUGAGCUGGUGAGUCGGGACACGACGGGUUUCUACGACGGCGUCGAUGCGAUCGUCGAGCGAUUGAGGGAAGAUGGUCGGGCGCAGGCGGUGUUGAGUAACGCGUGCGGGACGUACGCGCGAGCGGUGGUGCGCGUGAACGGGGUGGAGGGUACGAUGAAGCGGUGUUACGGAGCGGACGACGUGCCGCGAGCGAAGCCGGCGCCGGACGGAGUGUUGAUGAUCAUGCGCGAGCUCGAGGUGGAGGAUCUCGGGACGGUGUGUUACAUCGGAGAUGCGCCGAGCGACGGUGCGGCGGCUCGAGCGGCCGGAUGCGUGGCUGUCGGCGUGAAUUGGGGAUCGCACGACUUGAGAGACGCGGCGCACGCCGAGAACUUUGACGUCGUGUUCGACACCGUGGACGAGCUCGCGGCGGCGCUCUUCGACGAUGUGCGCGUCGUGUGA